AUCUGUACAAGGAGGCCAUGAUGGAGGAGCACCAGCCUCUUAUAUCACAAGAGAAUUCCAGUAAAAAUAUUAAGGGCAGUACUGCAUUAUCACUAAAUUAUAAAGAAGAAGAAGAUGAUGUCCUGCAGCGCUCUUCAGGAGAAAACCUAAUUACCAUUAAUGUACACCCAGGACUUCACAGAACAGAUCUAUUAUAUAAUCUCCCUCACCAUGAGGAACCUUCUCCUGACCAAUUACAGAUUGUUACCACAAAUACAGGUCAGAAAGAGGAUAAAAGGUUUCAGGGUGGUAAAGAGUGUACAGAACAAUCAAGACUUUCUACACACAGAAUAAUUCACACAGCAGAGCAGGAAUGUGGGAAAUGCUUUACAAGUAAAUCAGAUCUUGUUAUACAUGAGAGACGUCACACAGGAGAGAAACCAUAUUCAUGUUUAGAAUGUGGGAAAUGUUUUACAAAUAAAUCAAUUCUUGUUAGACAUGAGAGAAGUCACACAGGAGAGAAACCAUUUUCAUGUUCAGAAUGUGAGAAAUGUUUUAUAGAUAAAUCAAAACUUGUUACACAUAAGAGAAUUCACACAGGAGAGAAACCAUAUUCAUGUUCAGAAUGUGGAAAAUGUUUUACAAAUAAAUCAAUUCUUGUUAGACAUGAGAGAAGCCACACAGGAGUGAAGCCAUUUUCAUGUUCAGAAUGUGAGAAAUGUUUUACAGAUAAAUCAAAACUUGUUACACAUAAGAGAAUUCACACAGGAGAGAAACCAUAUUCAUGUUCAGAAUGUGGGAAAUGUUUUACAUAUAAAUCAGAUCUUGUUAAACAUGGGAAAAUUCACACAGGAGAGAGGCCAUAUUCAUGUUCAGAAUGUGAGAAAUGUUUUACACAUAAAUCAAAACUUGCUACACAUAAGAGAAUUCACACAGGAGAGAAACCAUAUUCAUGUUCAGAAUGUGGGAAAUGUUUUACACAUAAAUCAAUUCUUGUUAGACAUCAGAGAAGUCACACAGGAGAGAAACCAUAUUCAUGUUCAGAAUGUGGGAAAUCUUUUACAUAUAAAUCAGAUCUAGUUAAACAUGAGAAAAUUCACACAGGAGAGAGGCCAUAUUCAUGUUCAGAAUGUGAGAAAUGUUUUCCAGAUAAAUCAAAACUUGUUACACAUAAGAGAAUUCACACAGGAGAGAAACCAUAUUCAUGUUCAGAAUGUGGGAAAUGUUUUACAUAUAAAGCAGAUCUUGUUAAACAUGAGAGAAUUCACACAGGAGAGAGGCCAUAUUCAUGUUCAGAAUGUGAGAAAUGUUUUAUAACGAAAUCAGAUCUUGUUAAACAUAAUAGAAUUCACACAGGAGAGAAGCCAUAUUUAUGUUCAGAAUGUGGGAAAUGUUUUAUAGUUAAAUCAAAUCUUCUUCAACAUAAGAGAAUUCACAUUGGAAUCAUCAAAGUGUAUAAUAAAAGAAAAUGA